GUUCGAUAUUUGGCGAAACGGAAGGGGCGGGGUAAAUCAAAGCAAAACAGUAAGAGGAGAAGCGGCGGUGCGUCUCUCGGUAACAGUUUUUGCACCGCCCCCUUUCCCGGAAUUGCAGCUUAUCACCUCAAGAUUGAUGCAUGUUUUCAUCAUUGUCUUAAACUUGCUGAGAGUUUGGAUAAACAUGGCUCAACUUCAACAAGGAGGUCCUGAUGAAAAAGAGAAGACUACAGCAUUAAAGGACUUGUUGUCUAGAAUAGACUUGGAUGAACUGAUGAAAAAAGAUGAACCUCCUCUUGAGUUUGCUGAUACUCUUGAAGGAUUUGAAUACACUUUUAAUGAAAAAGGGCAGUUAAGACAUAUAAAAACUGGAGAGCCAUUUGUUUUUAACUACCGAGAAGAUUUACACAGAUGGAACCAAAAACGCUAUGAAGCUCUUGGAGAGAUCAUCACUAAAUAUGUAUAUGAAUUAUUGGAAGAAGAAUGCCAUUUGAAAAAAGUAUAUCUUCCAGUAGAUGCAGAAGAGACUGAACCUAGGAGUUUCAUCUUUAUGAGUGAGGAUGCACUGAUAAAUCCUGAUAAACUGAUGAUUUUAAUUCAAGGCAGUGGUGUUGUCCGAGCAGGACAGUGGGCAAGAAGGCUUAUUAUCAAUGAAGAUCUGGACAGCGGCACUCAGAUUCCUUAUAUUAAAAGAGCUAUAGAGGAAGGCUAUGGAGUGAUAGUACUGAAUCCGAAUGAGAACUAUAUUGAGGUUGAAAAGACAAAAACUCAAAUACAGCCGUCUCCAGAUAGCUCAGAUGAACCUGCAGAAAAAAAAGAGAGAAAAGAUAAAAUUCCAAAAGAUACAAAGAAGCGACGAGACUUCUAUGAGAAGUACCGAAAUCCACAAAAAGAAAAGGAAACGAUGCCAGUCUAUAUUAGAGAAAAUGGCUCUCCUGAAGAACAUGCAAUUUAUGUGUGGGACCACUUUAUCUCCCAGUCGUUAGCUGAAAAUGUAUUUGUUGUUGCUCAUAGUUAUGGUGGAUUGGCAUUUGUGGAAUUGAUGAUUCAGCGAGAAAUAGAAGUAAAAAAUAAAGUUACUGCAGUGGCAUUGACAGAUUCAGUUCAUAACGUGUGGCAUCAAGAAGCAGAUAAAAUUGUUCGAGAGUGGAUGCGAGAGAAUUGCUGCAAUUGGGUAUCGAGUUCAGAACCUCUGGAUACAUCAGUAGAGUCCAUGCUACCUGAUUGCCCACGUGUUUCUGCAGGGACGGAGCGGCACGAGCUGACCUCCUGGAAGAGCUUCUCGUCGAUCUUUCGGUUCUUCCACGAGGCGAUGGAGGCGAAAACUAGCUCGGGGAAAGCGGCUCCCACGCGACGGUCGCAGCGGAUCCGCUACGAGGAGCUGUAAAGCGGCGAGCAGGCGGGCGGAAGCGGCUCCCGCUUGUCUCUGAGCAGGCGGCGCGCUGCGUUCCCAGCCCCUCAUUAGAUUGUUUUCUUCCUAGAGCACAGGGUCGCCGUCUAUACAUCUAAGUAGUGUUUUGCAUUAUUUCUAGAUGAGUGCAACUGUCAAAGCAAUAUGGGUUCACUGCUUAUGCUUCCUGUGGGCUGCGGCUUGGAUUUCGGGCUGCCCAUCAGUGCGCAGAUUAAGGCUGACAGCAGCGCUGCACGGCGCAGUCUGGCGCAGCUCUAAUUGCCCUGGACGCAGCCCUGCCCUGAGUUGAUGGCGGGCUGCUGCCGCCGCCGCCGCUGCGGCUCUUCCCUGGUCUUAACGCCCGCCUUUUCCAGGGGCCGCUUGCUGCUCCCCCCCCCGCCCCUCUCUUUUUCCCUCCAGCCGCUCGGCCGUCGGCCUUCGUUUUAGAUAACACGUUUUGAACAAAGAAUUUAUUUCCAUUCCAGAGUUUAUGCCUAUGUGCUGGACAUUUUAAAGUAAUUCCCUGUAACGUUAUUUUGAGGUUUUUGUUUUUAAAGGUCCCGCGUUUUAUUUUAUUUUUUUAAAUCCACAUGAGGAGAUAAACUGCAGUGCCCUGUGCUAGUGAUCUCCAGUGAUGCUUUUCUCUGUGAUUGGAGUAUAAAUGCUUAGAAUCUCACAUAGUCACAACAUUUUUUUCUUUUAUGGGUAGCUCAUUUCUUUCAAUGCUAAAGAAAGCCUCUGCACUGAACUGAAAAUAAAUUUAAUCGAUACCUAUUUUUUUUAUAUAUAUAUUGAGAAGAUUUGAACUCUUCAGAGUAGGACUGCUGUAAAUCUCAGUUUGGGGACCAAACUCAAACACACCCAGUUUUAGUGCUUCAGGAAUGCACUUUCCAAAUGCUUAUUGUUUUGGAAUACUUUAGGGUUUUCAGGGAAAAUUGCUGAAUCCUUUUAAAAAAUAGAAAUAGCAGCAGUAGUAUUUUAAAAUGUUUCUUCUGAUGCCUGGUUGGCAUCUUUAUUUUUUAUUCAAAUAGAUUAUCUAUUUUAUGACAGAUCAAAUAGCUAAUAACUUUUUUAAAAUGCUGGAUGGUACCAGAAUUCCACAAAUCUAGCCUUUUUUGAGUGCAAGGCAAAGGGAGAAGCAACAAAACAUUCAGUUUGACAAAACAGGGUCAGCUUUGGAAAGAAGAGGUCCUCCCUUAUUGCUGAAGGACAUCAUCCAUCAGGGUCCCCUCACAUGGUUGAACUCCUCAAGUGGAGAUUCAUUUUUCCUUAAUCAUCUGGUUAUCACUGUGAAAUAUUGAUGGACAAAAAAAGUGUUGGUGGUGGUCCUCAUUUAAUGACUACUUGUUAUCAUUUGAACUUAUGAGAGCACUGAGCAAAUGAUACUUACAACCAGACUGAUGGAGCAGCACCCCCAUAGUCAAAUGAUCACCUCUGUGACCUUCCCUGCCGGCUUCCCACAGGCAAAGUCAUUGGGAAAACGGGCAGGAAGUCAGACGUUACAAUCACAUGAGGUCCUCACUUAACAACCUGCACAGUCCUCACUUAACAGUAACUGGAGACUGCCAGACCCGCCACCACUAAGCAGCACAGUCUCAUGACCUUGUGCUUUAUGACUGCAAUGCUUAUUGAUGACCGCUCCAGUCCCAAUUACUGUUGCUAACCGAGGACUAGCUCUACUGAUGCUACCAUAAGUAGCACUAUUACCAAAACAGUCCUAAUCCAUUUUAGUGACUUGGGCUUAAAAAGUAGCCCAUGCAGGCAUGAAUCCACAUUUCGUCAACAGAUCUUUCCAAUUAUGUGAAAUGAGUUCUGCCUCCUCCUUGGGCUAUGACACUGCCUGCUCUAAACCUCCACAGGUGUGGCCUAUAUCAAAAUUGAGAAGCCAGCCAUUUUUGCUCUUCCAGGAAUUUUCUGCCAACAGCUGCAGCCCGAUGCAAGAAUUCUGCACACUUAGCAGUUGAUCCAGAACUGUCAGAAGGUGGACAAUGCCAAAUGACCAAAUUGCUCUGGGUGUCUUGAAUGAGCGGGGUGUGAGAACUGUGACUUUUGCCUCUUUGGAAGAACUAAUUGUCAUGGGCUGUGGUAUGGGUGGCAAGCAUUUAGCAGUUGAACAGCAGACAAUGCGUUCAUUUUAUUCUCUCAUAUAGCUUCACUUCUGAUGACACUAAAACAGAAUAUUGAUUGUCUUUCCUUCAUUGUAUUUAUUUGACAGUUUUGAAAUUGGAACCACUCUUCUUCCCACAAAAACACAUUUAUAGUGAAGCUUUAUAAUUUCAGAAGACUCCAAGAAGAAUCCGGAACAGCUUUUUCCCCCAUAUGUGUGCUCAUGAUUAAAUUGCUGUCUUACUUAUCUGAAAAUGUAUUCUCUGGUAUAUGCCUCCCACUCAGGGCAAAAACUAGAUCACUUGAUUGUUCCCUUUGCUGGAAAUCUACCAAAGUGAUGCCCCAGGCAAAGGCCAGGACCAAGUGGCUCCCAAGGCUAUCUGCUUCGAUUAACUAGGGUCUCCAUGUGUGUGUGUGUGUGUGUGUAGAUGCCUUUGUGCAUUUACACACACCUAUAUACUGUUGCUUUCUCCCCUGCAUUUUUUUAGAUUCCCUCACAUACCAGUGGAUAUCCUUUGAGACCUGGAAGCCCAUAAAAAUGUGGAACUGGGAUUUUUUUUGCAGCAGAUGGUUGACUGUUCCUCAAUUGUACCAACAUACAAUCCAGUGGGUUGCUUAUGGUUGGUUUGUUUAAUUUAGCUCUCCUUUCUUCUUUGCCUGGUCAUUUCAGCUUUUAUUUUUCCUUGUUGCAGCAAAGGUGGCUAGAAAUCUUUUGUUGUUGUUGUCUCCAUAUUUAUGUAAAUCCUGGUUAAAUCCUGGAUAUUUCUUCUCUUGUUUGUUCAUUUGUUUGCUGUUUUUUAUUCCUUAUGAAUUAUAAUGUUGGGGGGGGUUGACCGUAGUCAUAGGAAAAUAAACCACCAUAACCUGCAAUCUCUAAGUCGGGAAGUCUUUUGAGGCUGUCAAAGUGCCAAAUCGGAUCAAGCAAUCUCUCCCCACCUGUUUUUAAUUUUUUUUAAAUGUUAAUCAUCAAUUUCUACUCUACAGUGCAGACCCACAAGCCCUAAAUAAUGGGGCAAUAUAUUGUUGCCCAGUUAGCACUCUUGCUCUUUGUGGACCAAACUGUAAGCACAGGGAAUUAUUAAAGAUUGUCUCUUUCUAUCUACACUGAACCUAGGAACAAUAAUAAAAAUAAAGAUGGUUUCUCUUCUAAAAUU